UAAGCCCUACGUAUAUUUCUCGCGAAGGGAUAAGGCGCUGUGCUCCUCCGCGCUCUCCGAGGGAUUCCUGGACGAUGCAGCUCGCGGCUGUGAGCCAGGCGAGGGUCUCGCCUCCGCUAGGUAUCCAUUCCUCUGGCCUCUUUGGCGAUGUGAGGCCCGGGAACUUCGCGUAUUUGCCCGCCGCAACCAGGAAUUCGUCGCUCUCUCUCAGUGUGAGGGCGUGCACUGGAGCUCCAGGCUCGCCACCGCCGUCUGGAACAAAUGGCACUGCCGAUAGUCUUCCCAAAGAGCUCCCAACCAGGCCAACGGCGUCCACGGCUACCUCCGAUAGGAAGUUCUCGCGGCCGCCUCCCUUCUCGGGAUUCUCUGGGUCUCUGGGACUCAACUUUCCAGGGAGCCAGAUUCCUGGAUUGCCAGGCUCGCCUCGUCCAAAGCCCGGAACUCCGCGGCCUUAUGAUCCCACCAAGCAGAAGUCCAAGGUGAUGGAAUGGCUGACACCGCCAAAGCCACCGACGGAGCUCUUGCAGCGAGAACACUUCAAGCUCUCGCCAACUUGUCUGUGCACCAUUUACUUUGGGGACUUGUCCAAGUGGUUUGUGGAUGGCAAGCAGGAUGCAGUGAUUGCUCCAGCAAACAAGAAGCUCAACACAGGACCAGCUGUGAAUGCAGUUCUUUUCAAAGCUGCUGGUUCGAAGCUCUUGGAAUGCACUCAAAGGCUCCCGGAUGUUGCUCCUCAGGGAAUCAAGGCUGAAAUGGGUGAUGCUAUCAGUACGAGAGCCUUUGAUCUUCCUGUACAUCGUGUCAUUCACACAGUCGGAGCUGUUCACAAGAAGAACGAGAAAACAGGUGUUCGAGAGUCUGAUCCAACUCUAGAAAAAGCUUACAGGACUGCUCUCUUGGUUGCUCGCAAAGAGAAGCUAAAAUAUCUUGCAUUUCCGCCAUUGUCUUGCAAUAUAUACGGGUACCCCUAUGCGGAUGGCGCAGAAGUUGCUCUUCGAACUCUUAAAGACAGCUGCGAAGGCUUUGAGCGAAUCGACAUUGUGAUCCGAAACAUUGAAGGUUACGAGGCCUUCAUCGACGAAGCUAACAAGGUACUGGAAGUCAUCAAGGAGAAGAAGACUAUCAAAGUGCCGGCAAUGGCUCCUCGAACGACUGACUACCUCCCUCCGGCAGCAGCGGCUGCAGCAGCCGCGACUCAACCGGCUUCUGGCGUUCCAACUACACCUGCGGAACUAUAUCCAAUGCCAGCAGCGCAAUCGGCAGGGGCUCCACCAGCAGAAGCCGCGCAGCCGGCAGCUCCGGCUCCAGAAGCAACUUCAGACGCUUCCGGGGGACGACUUUCUUCCCAAGCAGCAACCCCAGCAGCAGCAUCGGCUCCAGCUCCAACUCCAGCUCCAGCUCAAGCGUCCCAAGCUCCGGCUGGUUACUCGCAGCCGCAAACUGGAUACGGGACGCAACAACAGGCGCAAGCUCCAGGUGGAUAUGGAGCCACUCAGUCUCCUUAUUCGCAGCCUCCAGCUUCGGGUGGUGGAUAUGGUCAGUCACCUUAUUCGCAAGCUCCAUCUCAAGGUGGAUACGCAGCAGCAGGGACUGGCCAGUCACCUUACGCACAAGGCGGCCAGCCACCUUACUCGCAGCAAGGCGGAUACGGAGCUGCUCAGUCGCCUUACUCGCAGGCUCCAGCUCCCGGUGGAUACUCGGUUGCUGGAGCCGCAAGUGGUCAAUCACCUUACUCGCAACAAGCUCCAGCACAGGGAGGAUACUCGGCCGCAGGAGGUGGUGGUCAGGCACCUUACUCGCAGCAGCCUCCAAGGCAGGGAGGAUACUCGGCCGCAGGUGCUCCAGGCGGAUACUCAGCAGCAGGGACACAAGCUCCACCGGCUGGCGGCGGUGGCUACUCGCAGGGAGCGGGAUCACCUUACUCUCAAUCCGGAGGAUAUGGCGCUGGUUACUCUCAGGCUCCUCCAGCGUCAGGAGCUCCACAGUACCAGAACGGUCCUUCCAGCCCGCCGCCAUACCAGAACGCACCACCAUACCAGCAGCAACAGUAUAACCAAAACGCGCCACCGCCGCAGUACAACCAGUAUCAAAACUCGCCACCACCGCAGCAGCAAUACCCUCCACAGCAGCAGUACGCACCGCAGCAGCAGCAGCAGCAGUAUCCAUCACAGCAGCAGCAGCAGUAUCCAUCACAGCAGCAGCAGCAGCAGCAUCAGCAGUACAACCAGGACGGGACGUCAGCUCCACCGCAGGAGAGAGGCUCUCCGUAUCCACCGGGAAAUCGUCCCCCUUCGUCCUCUUCUUACUGACAGGCAGGAGAUAAGAGUUUUGUGUUGAUCUAGCAAGCAGUAUGGAAGCAAAGAGGUUAGUCAUUUCCAACACUUCCAGAACCGAGCAAAAGUUCUCCACCUUAGGAGGCGGGGCAGCUUGUAUGCUAUACUUUCGGCGGCGACUCUAGAGUCUCCUCCAAGAAGUUGUCAAAGCUUCCACGUUUCUUGGA